AUGCCUCCCGGAAACCAGCUUCUUCUCAGUGGAAUUCUAUCUCAAAUCGAAGUGAAAGGCGAUAUAUUAAACGGCAAUAAACAUCGAUCAUUCUAUUGGGUUCAGAUCUACGUCGACAACCAAGAAAUCAUCAAAUCGGAUAAAAUCAAGGCUCAUUCUGACAAGCUUUCGUGGCAAUGGGGUUCGGAUACCAAAAUCUAUUUCUCGCCUUCGUCGGUAGUCAGAAUUGAACUCUAUCGCGGGUUCAAAAGCAGCGCCAUGGACAAAUUCCGUCAAAUCCUUGUACACGUAGCACAAUUUGAGGAGCAAAUUGAGAAGUUGCUCGACAACAGCUCCGCAUUAUUCGAAUUGAAAGAUAAAAAGGAGCAAAGUGUUGCACAGAUCAAUAUGUCUCUUUUUCUAUCAGAGACACCGAAUGAGUUCAUCUCGGACUUCAUGAAGAAGGUUGACCGUGAUGUUGCCAACCUGAAAGACAUUGAUGGCGUCAGCAAACUGGCAUUGUCAAUUCUUGGGCCUGUUCUUCAGAGUACAAAGACCUUGAUGGACACUGUUGCUGAUGCGCAUCCGAUACUCAAGAUAUCAUGGAAGUUUAUUUCAAAUAUCUACGAUGCGACACAAGAAACGGAGAUCCAGGACCAAUCAAUCCGAGAGUUGGCUGAAAAUUUACGCGAAAUGCUUGCUACUGCGAAUGAGAAACUCGACCUGCCAAAGAUACCCAACGCCGUUGACAUAAUCAAGCAAAUUGGACAGCAUUCCUUGCAGGUUGCAUCAAUAAUGCAUGAGUACACACAAUUGUCUUACAACAAAAGAACAUUGUUUUUAAGCACCGGUAAUCUGGGUAAACGGAUUAAAGAGUGCCAAAGUAAAUUACAAGCUCUCAACAAAAGGUUCUACGAGAGAGUACAGCUUGAGAUGAAUAAGGCUGUAAAAGAAAAUCAGGAUAUGAUAAAGGAUGUAAAGAAAGAGGUUACCAAGGUCAAGGACGAUGCCCUAGAAAAAAAGAUUAUUGAGUGGCUAUGGCAUUCUGGUCCCCCACUUGAUUUUUCCAAAAAUUAUAAUGAAGCCAAUAAAAAGCAUCACGGAGAAACAUGUUCCUGGUUUCUUGACGACAAUAGAUUUGGGAAAUGGUUACACCAUUCUGGCUUUAUAUGGGUCUAUGGAAAAGCUGGGUGUGGAAAGACAAUUUUAAUGUCUUUAAUUAUCAAGAAACUCCCAGAAGCCAAUUCUUCGACUGGAAUUUGUUAUUUCUUCUUUGAUGCACGAGAUGGCCAGACGGAUUCACAGCUAUAUAUGAACUUUAUACGAUCUCUGAUUCACCAGCUAUGUGAUUUCCGCCAUGGAGGAAUUCCACAAGAGUUGGUCAACCUUUAUACAAAAUGUGGGUCUUCACAACCAUUGGAUGAACAAUUGGAGGAGACACUGCAAAAGAUCCUGGAGGGAUUUGAUCAUGUGUUCAUUGCCAUUGAUGCCCUGGACGAGUGCUUGGAUCGCCAAAGGACUCUUGAUUGGGUCAAGAAACUCCUAACCAAGUCCCAAGGGCAAACCAAUAUUCAUCUGAUAAUCACAAGUCGACGAGAGACAGAUAUCAGCAACAUCUUUCACAAUUUCAGGGGUGACCACAUUGAUCUUGUUAACUCUGAAAACAAAGAUAUUGAGCAGUAUAUCACACAGAAAAUGAAAUCAGACAAUCUGCGGAAAUUUGAUGAACAGCAUCAAUUUGAGAUAAAGCAAAAAUUAUUGUCUUGUGCCGAUGGAUCAUACAUUGCACUUAUGCUAAAUGAAGUGGAAAAAUGUUCAAACCUGGCCAUGUUGAAGACAACAUUGACUGAGAUGCCAAAGGAUCUUGAUGAAAUAUAUGGACAAAUUCUGCGUAAAUGCGACUCCAAAAAGGCUUUGGAUCUUCAAAGAUUUCUUCAGUUUCUUGCAUUCUCUAUAGAGGAUGUAAAACUUGAGGAACUUGCUGAAAUUAUUACAAUUGAAUUCACUCCAGAAAAUGAGCCAGUUUACAAUUCCAACAAACAAUAUUUCAAUCCUAUUGAUGUCCUCGAGCUAUGUGGGGGACUAGUAGUGACAGUAAGAAAUGAUGAAUCAGACAACCAGAGCGAGGACUAUGUCAAGCUGUCCCAUUUUUCAGUGAAGGAAUACCUCAUGUCUAGUCAUGUCCAAGACGUGUUUCAUCUGGCCAAGACCACGUCUCAAAUUGAAAUCUCAAAAACAUUGCUAUUAUAUCUUUUGGAGACUUAUGCCACCAUUCUUAACAACAACAAUAUUGGCCCUUAUAAUUUCCCACUCAAAUUCCAUGCUAAAAGUUACUGGCAUUUGUAUGUUCAAUGCCAGGGUGUAGGUGAAGACAACAUCAUAUGCAAGCUGGUAGUCUCUCUCUUAAGACUUGGAGAUUCUACAGGAUUUAAUGACAAAGUCAGCAAUAUCCUGUGGUAUGGAAGAUUGGAGACCAAAACAGCCGAGUCUAAAAUGAUCUGCCAGGCAUCAGUCCUAGGUCUUUGUGGUGUUGUGAAAGUCCUAUUGAGAGAGGUGGAUGAUAUAACCCUAACAAAGAAAUCCAUGGAUGGAAAAAAUCCACACCAAGAGAGGGUAAAAGGGAAGUAUAGUGAUGCCCUGCAGGCAGCAUCCUAUAUGGGGUAUGGAUUGGUGGUUGAAACCCUGCUGCAGCACGGUGCAGACAUCAAUGCUCUGUUUGGUAAUUACGGCACUGCACUCCAGGCGGCAUCCUAUAUAGGGCAUAGAUUGGUAGUUGAAACCCUCCUGCAGCAUGGUGCAGAUGUCAAUAUUGUGGGUGGUAGGUAUGGCACUGCACUCCAGGCGGCAUCCUAUUAUGGCCAUGAAUUGGUAAUUGAAACCCUCAUAAAGCAUGGUGCAGAUGUCAAUGUUGUGGGUAGCGAGCAUGGCACUGUACUCCAGGCAGCAUCCUUUUAUGGCCAUGAAUUGGUAGUUGAAACCCUCAUAAAGCAUGGUGCAGAUGUCAAUGUUGUGGGUGGCGAGUAUGGCACUGCACUCCAGGCGGCAUCCUAUUAUGGCCAUGAAUUGGUAGUUGAAACCCUCAUAAAGCAUGGUGCAGAUGUCAAUGUUGUGGGUGGCCAGUAUGGCACUGCACUCCAGGCAGCAUCUUAUAGGGGAUAUGGAUUGGGGGUUGAAACCCUCAUAAAGCAUGGUGCAAAUGUCAAUGUUGUGGGUGGUGAGUAUGGAAAUGCACUCCAGGCAGCAUCCUUUCUGGGCCGUGAGUUGGUGGUUGAAACCCUCCUGCAGCAUGGUGCAGAUAUCAAUGCUGUAAAUGGCAGUUAUGGCACUGCACUCCAGGCAGCAUCCUAUAGUGGAUAUGAAUUGUUGAUUAUAACCCUCCUGCAGCAUGGUGCAGAUGUCAAUGUUGUGGGUGGCAAGUAUGGCACUGCACUCCAGGCAGCAUCUUAUAGGGGAUAUGGAUUGGUGGUUGAAACCCUCAUAAAGCAUGGUGCAGAUGUCAAUGUUGUGGGUGGUGAGUAUGGAAAUGCACUCCAGGCAGCAUCCUUUCUGGGCCAUGAGUUGGUGGUUGAAACCCUCCUGCAGCAUGGUGCAGAUCUCAAUGUUGUGGGUAGCGAGUAUGGCCCUGCACUCCAGGUGGCAUCCUAUAGGGGAUAUGGAUUGGUGGUUGAAACCAUCAUAAAGCAUAGUGCAGAUGUCAAUGUUGUGGAUGGCAAGUAUGGCACUGCACUCCAGGCGGCAUCCUGUUCGGGUUAUAGAGCGGUGGUUAAAAUACUCCUGCAGUAUGGUGCAGAUGUCAAUAUUGUGGGUGGCGAGUAUGGCACUGCACUCCAGGCAGCAUCCUAUAUGGGCCAUAAUUCAGUGGCUGAAACCCUCCUGCAGCAUGGUGCAGAUAUCAAUGCUGUAAAUGGCAGUUAUGGCACUGCACUCCAGGCAGCAUCCUAUAGUGGAUAUGAAUUGUUGAUUAUAACUCUCCUGCAGCAUGGUGCAGAUGUCAAUAUUGUGGGUGGCGAGUAUGGCACUGCACUCCAGGCGGCAUCCUAUAGGGGAAAUAUAUUUGUGGUUGGAAGCCUCAUAAGGCGUGGUGCAGAUGUAAAUGUUGUGGGUGGCAAGUAUGGCACUGCACUCCUGGCGGCCUCUUAUGUAGGCCAAUAUAGUAUUGUGGACCUCCUCUUGAAAAAUGGGGCAGAUGUGAACACUUCCGCCAGUCGGUUUGACAAUGCUUUGCAGGCAGCAUGUUCCAAAAACCACGAAAAAGUCAUUCAAUUGCUCUUGAGCCACGGUGCUAAAGUAACCUCACUGGAUUAUCUGGAUUGUAUUAGCAAUCCCGCCCUUCAGGUAGAACUUCGUAUUGCUUACUCUGCACAUAAAGAAAGUAUAUCAAACCCACUUCAAACUAUGCCUGAAAACUGA